CCCGCCUUUGGUGCAGAAAGACGCCAUCUUACAUGUAUGAUCAACUCAACUUUUCUUGAUUACUAAAGUUAUCAGUGAGCAAAAUGGCCGCUGCACCUUGUGUUGACUUGGAGAAAGCAUACAAACAUAACCUUCUGGUAAACGAACUUCAUAAUGAAAUAGGGGAGGAAAAGACCAAAGAAAUUCGCCAGUUACUUCGAUCUGUAUUGAAAAAGAAUUUAGAUGCGGCUGAUAUGAGAACAAUGCUGAACGAUCUGACAGAUACCGGUAUGAUCAAAGUUGGAGAAUAUAGCUAUUUAACACGGCUAUUAACAGAUAUAGGUCUUGAAAGACUUGUGGAUACUGUGAAAACGUCAGAAAAAGAAAUACAGUGCCUAAUGGACGACAACAUGGUCGCUGAGGACGAGAACACAGUUCAACAAGAUGCACAAGAAAAUGGAGAGAGGUCAAAACGAAAGCGCACGGACACUUUGGACACCUCUUCCGAACGAUGCGCAGAGCUUCAACUCGAAUUGCAACUACUGGCAACUAAAGGUGUACUUCAAAUAGCGGAAAGGGCACUUACAGGCGAAGUUUUACAAAAUCCCAGGAAACGAAAACGCAUUUUUGAUGAUUUGCUUCAGUUCAAAGCUGAGCUUGUUGGACCUAUAAGAACAGGGAGUAUUCUACUUACUGUCAGGUUCUACUCAUUGGCAGACUUGACCUAUUUCUGGUCAAAGUAUAAGGAUGGGACGGUUACUGCAGCUCUUUCAGACAUCUUACUGUCAGACAAAAUUCUUGAGGUCUCGAGGGAGCAUCAUGUGGAGUUCUAUAUCACAUGCGAUAUAUCAGAGGACGCCUACAUUGAAGCACGUCGGAAAUUAAGCAGCGACGAUGAGGUUCCUGGCGCCAUGGAUGCUAUGGCAAGAGUGAGCAUAAGUGAUGACACCCAAGGACAAGAGGUAAUACAAGAAGAAUCAUUACAUGAGCAGGUGGUAUCAGAAGCAAAAGAGGGAGAAGCUGAAGCAUCGGGGGUUGAUUUUGCUGAAGAAGCAGGGACACGUACUCCUAGCAGUAGUGAGCAUAUGCAGGACAGACCUUUGCGUGACGUAAAAAGAACACGGUCGUUCACCAUGGCAACAAGUCUUGGAUUACCCUCAGAAAUCCCACGAAAUGAAAGGGAAAAUUAUGUUCGCAUGCGGCUGCUCCUAGAACGUGCAACGGACGUGCUUCGAGAUGUUCUCAGGACUCAGCUACAAGCAGCCUAUCCAGGACUGUUUGAUCCAAGUAAAACUGACAAACUUUUUGACGUACUUGACAAUCAACAAGUUAAGCACUCCUUGCUAAAACUCAAAAAGACAAAGAUAAUUAACUCGAGUCAAAUGAAACUCCUGUACCCCUCUGGCACCCCUUCAAAAAUUGUUACAACGCAGGCUUUAGACAUUACGCUUGUAGUUGUUUUAUUAAGAAAUAUCACCAAUCUCAACCGUCAUGCUAAAUGGGAAAGCCCACCAGCUUCUGACACCUCCAUAGAGGCCAACAUUGGUCGAGUGAGGACUUACCGCAAUCGACUCUCGCAUGGACAUCGUCUUGGUAUCACUGACACAGCAUUCCAGGCAGAGUUUAAUGAUCUCAAGCACGUUCUGCUGUCAUUGUCAUCAAUAUAUACCAGCGAUGACUACGACAAGCUUCUUAUUGUGCCUCUGGAUGCUGAAGGUAAUUAA